AUGGAAACCUUCCCAGAAAAGAUUCCAGUUGCUGUAUUUCUCGCUGCUUUAAUGCCUGGUCCAACUUUCAGUGCAAACACCAUCUACACUGAGACAUGUAAUGCAGUAGUACCUGAACUUGAUAAUCGCGUUAUAUAUGACAAUGGACCUGAGAAUCCUCCAACUACCCUCAUCCUAGGUCCCAAGUUUUUAGCAACUAAUCUUUACCAGCUGAGCCCAACUGAGGAUUUGACAAUGGCUACUAAAUUGGUAAGGCCACUAUAUUUGUAUCCUGCGGAAGGGAUUUCUAAGAAGCUUGUUAAAAUUGAGCUGGUUCUUUUGAGAAAAAGGUACAGAUCAGUUAGGCGAGUGUACAUUAUUGCUGUGGAAAGUAAAGGUUUGACGAAAGAAUUUCAACGAUGGAUGAUUGAAAAUAAUCCACCGGAUGAAGUGGAAGAGAUCUCAGGAUCUGAUCACAUGGUCAUGAUGUCUAAACCCGAGCAACUUUUGACUACCCUUCUGCGCAUUGCCAAUUCAUAUAUUUGA